UAACUUCCUCAUUUUAAGUCAGUUUUCAUUGGCUUCAGUUACAAUUGACACAUUAUACAGUCAUGAUCAUAAUCAGAGGACUUUGCUCCGCCUCAGCAACAGGUAACAUGUGUCAUACCAGAAAUCCUCAUCAUUCUGUUUAACUCAACGAGACAGCGAGUCAAACACAGAGGACAUUUAUGGCACAAUUGUUACUGCACAAACAGAGAGAAAGUAAUGUUUGAUCACAUAAGUUUAUGGAGGACACACUGAGUUUAAUAUUAAUCUGUUAAAAAAAUCAAACAGUAUGCCUCUGCUAUAAAAAAUCCUUGCAAUGAAGAGAAAAGUUUUGAGCAGAAGAGAUCAGAUUUACAUGUGCUCAGUGUUUUAUGAAAUCAAUGAAUAUGCCUAUUCACUUACAAAAUGGAGAUUAUCAGCAUAACCAAGGUUCUGGUGAGAGAUUGAACUCAUCUGUACCCAGUAUGGUGUCCGUAAAGAGUGAUAAAUCAAUGAAUAUGCCAAUUCACUUAAAAAAUUGAGAUUUUCUUCUUGACCAAAGUACUAGUAACAGAUCGGAAUGGUCUGUACCCAGUAUGGUGUCCUUAAAAAGUGACAAAUCAAUGAAUAUGCCAAUUCACUUAAAUAAUGGAGAUGAUCAGCUUGUCCGAAGUUUUGGUGAGAGAUCGUACCCAGACUCAUCUGUACCCAGUAUGGUAUCUUUAAAAAGUGACAAAUCAAUGAACAUGCCAAUUCACUUAAAAAGUAGACAGCCUUCGCCUGAACAAGGUUCUGGUGAGAGAUUGGAUUUAUCUGUACCCAGUAUGGUAUCUUUAGAAAGUGAUAAAUCAAAGAAUAUGCCAAUUCACUUUAAAAAUACUCAAAGUUCAAAAAAGAAACAGGAUUUAACUGCUCCCAAAGUUCUGUUCAUCAAAUAUUACUGGAGUACUGACACUAAUCGAUCACAGAGACACGAUCGACCAUCAAGAUUAAAAUCACGUUUUAAAAAGAAUUACCAGUGUGUUUUUGAGGGACUGGCCAAGCAGGGAAACCCAACACUGCUGAAUAAAAUCUACACAGAGCUCUACAUCACAGAGAGUGAAAGUGGAGAGAUCAGUAAUGAACAUGAGGUGAGACAGAUAGACAUACAGUCCAGGAGACCAACAACAGAGGAGACACCAAUCAAAUGUAAUGACAUCUUUAAACCUUUACCUGAACAACACAAACACAUCAGAAGUGUGCUGACAAAGGGAGUCGCUGGCAUUGGAAAAACAGUCUCUGUACAGAAGUUCAUUCUGGACUGGGCUGAAGAGAAAGAGAAUCAGGACGUCCACCUCAUAUUUCCACUUCCUUUCAGGGAGAUCAAUUUGAUGAAGGACAAAACACUCAGUCUUUUAGAUCUUCUUCAUCUUUUCUUCCCAGAGACAAAAGAAAUGGAAAUCUUCAGUGAUGAAUAUAAAGUGUUGUUCAUCUUUGAUGGUUUGGAUGAGUGUCGUCUCUCUCUGGAUUUUAAAAGCAAAGUGAAGUUGUGUGAUGUAUGUAAAUCAACCUCAAUGGACGUGAUGCUGACAAACCUCAUCAAGGGGAAUCUGUUUCCCUCUGCUCGCAUCUGGAUCACCUCCAGACCAGCAGCAGCUGAUCUCAUCCCCUCUGAGUGUGUUGAUCGAAUCACAGAGGUACGAGGCUUCAGUGAUCCACAGAAGGAGGAAUACUUCAGGAAGAGAAUCACUGAUGAGAGUCUGUCUGAUCAAAUCAUCUCACACCUGAAGUCAUCCAGGAGUCUCUACAUCAUGUGUCACAUCCCAGUGUUCUGCUGGAUUUCAGUCACUGUUCUAGAGAGAAUAUUGAGGGAAGCAGAGAGAAGAGAGAUCCCCAAGACUCUCACUCAAAUGUACACACACUUCCUGAAGGCACAAAUUAGCAUCAAACGUAAGAAGUAUUCUCAGAAAGAUGACACGGACAAAGUCAUGAUCUUCAAACUGGGUAAACUGGCUUUUGAGCAGCUUAUGAAAGGCAAUCUGAUCUUCUAUGAUGAAGACCUGAGAGAGUGUGGCAUUGAUGUAGCAGAAGCAUCAGUGUACUCAGGAUUGUGUACUCAGAUCUUCAGAGAGGAGUUUGGUUUAUAUCAGGGAAAAGUUUACUGCUUUGUUCAUCUGACUAUACAAGAACAUCUAGCAGCUCUAUAUGUGCACCUCUCCUUUAUAAACAACAACAGGAAUGUGUUUGACCAAGAAUCUGAAAAUCCAUUGACUAUGUUUAGUUUACACAAGUGUGCGAUUGAUAAAGCCUUACAAAGUAACAGUGGACAUCUAGACCUUCUGCUUCGCUUCCUCAUGGGAUUUUCAAUGGAGUCAAAUCAUAACCUUCUAAAGGGGCUUUUGGUGAAAAGACCACAUGACUUCCAGGAAAGAGAGAAAACUAUUGAGUAUCUCAAGGAAAAAAUCAAAUCUGUGCCUUGUACAAAUGCACGUUUGAUUAUUUUUUACUGCCUUUGUGAACUUAAUGAUCAUUCUUUAACAGAUGAAAUCCAAAGAUAUCUGAAUCUGACCUCUGGAAAACUAAACCCAGAACACAUGAACCAAGAACUCUGGUCAGCUCUGGUGUUUAUUUUAAUUGUUUCGGAUGAAAAGUUGGAUAAAUUUAAUCUUAGUAAAUAUGGACGAUCUGACGAUAUCCUUUACUGGAUGAAUCCACUACUCAAAUUGUCUACAAAGGCCCAGUUACAAGACUGUAACAUCACAGUGGAUGGUUGUGCAUGGAUAUCUUUUGCUAUUACACCAUUCUCCAAUUUGAGAGAGCUGGACCUGAGCCACAACAACAUACAGGACUCAGGAGUGGAGAUGCUCUGUGUUGGAGUAAGGAGAUCACGCCACACAAAACCAGAGGUAAAGGAAAAAGCUUUGAUCCCAAGAUAUGCUUCAGACCAUGUACUACACAGACAUCAUAACAACAAUGCUGAUCAGAUUCGUUUUAAAUAUUGUUCUGCUGGACUGCAGGACACAGUGUGCAACCUGGAAUAUUUGAAGCUGAAGGACUGUGGAGUAACAGAAGACGGCUGUGUUCAGCUCAGCUCAGCUCUGAGAUCAAACCCAUCACAUCUGAGAGAACUGGACCUGAGCUGGAAUCAUGUAGGAGAUUCUGGAGUCAAACAUCUCUGUGAUGUUCUGGAGAAAACCGAGUGUGGGCUACAAAUACUGAAGUUGAAUAAAUGUGGAAUCACAGCUGAAGGUUGUGCUGCUUUGGCUUCAGCUUUGAGAUCAAAUACCUCCGGUCUGAUAGAGCUGGAUCUGUCGGACAAUAAUCUUGGAGAUUCAGGAGUGAAGCUGCUCUCAAAUGGACUAAAGAAUUCUCACUGUAAACUGAAGAUAUUGAGGUUGUCCAGUUGCAGUGUUACAAAGAAUGGCGCUGCCGCUUUAGCUGAAGCUUUGAAAUCAAACCCUUCACAUCUGACAGAGCUCAACAUAAAGGAGAAUCACCUGAAAGUGUCAGACAUUCAUAUUUUUUCCAUGAUACAGGACAAAGUCCACAUAUAAACAUCAUCAUAUAAACAAAGCUGGAUUUGCUUAUCAUGCAAAACUAAAAGAUGAAGUGUGGUCAAAGCAAUAGAAAACAUCCCGGGGUGCGUUCCACUCCAAUUUUAGACACGCACUUGCAAACUUCCCUAAACACUUCCCCUCGGGGGAAUCCCUGUCGCCAUUUUGAAGUGCGUUCCACUUUGUCAAGUGGACGAGGGAAGUUUGUAUGGACAGACCCUCCUCGCUCCCUCGAUUUUGACAGAGGGAGCGAGUCUACUUCAUAUGUACACUUCAGGCAGCUCCAUAUCCCACAAUGCAUCACGAUUGUGACGUCACUUCAUCAACUCGCGCUUUGCACAUGGAGGGGGUGGUCUCCACUUUCUAUGUGAUCAAGGGCUUAGGGCGAUCCAUUUGAACCUACUUCAAGUGUUUCAGCAGUAGUGGGCACUCGUACACUGUAAGCAAUGACGUACAUCCGAGUGAACGAGACUGAGGGAAGUUAGCGAGGGAAGUUCAUAAAAAAAAAAACGAACUGGAACGCAGGGCUGGUCACGAGUCGGGACUGCAGGUGUUAAAGGGGUCAUAUUAUGAAAUUUUUUGUAAGAUGUAAAAUAAAUCUUUGGUGUCCCCAGAUUGCGUAUGGAAGUUUUAGCUCAAAAUACCCCACAGAUAAUUUAUUAUAGCAUGUUAAAAUUGUCACUUUGUAGGCCUGAGCAACAGUGUGCCAUUUUUGGGUGUGUCCUUUAAAAUGCAAAUGAGCAGAUGAAAUUCAAACACUGAUCACAAUGAUGGUGGUUUGUUGUAAUUGAAAGUCAUUUGUGCUGUCAAUUAUUUUUUAUCUUUCUCUCUGCACUAAAUGGCAGUAAUUUUUCACACGCUUGCAGAAAAAGGCUUACCCAAACAAAGUUACUGGGGUUGAUAUUUUUCAUGUUUUCUAGGUAGGUAGAAGCACUGGGGACCCAAUUAUAGCACUUAAAUAUGGAUAAAGUCUAAUUUUCACCCUAUGACCCCUUUAAGUAAAACUGCAUCAAACGUCUGUCAGUGCAUAAGUGAACAACAUGAACACAUAGUUGUACAAAGAUACUAUGAUGAUGUAUUGUGUGUGUGUUGCCUGACUUGCUCUACACGCGGUACCUGUGGCCUGAAAGAAGCCAUACAGCUGUAUUUAUCUUUUAUAAAUCUUAUAAAGCUAAAGACUUACUUUGUAAUACUACUGUAAAGGCACCCAAAAUUAACAGAUCGGCAGAAACUGUGUGUUAUUUCACAUUUACAGUAACGUGCAUUGUUAAUGUCAGAUUUGGCCUUUAAACCUGUUAAUAGAUUGUAUAGUUUAUUGUAUAAAAUCACGUCAAAGUUAAUUUUAUGUUGCAAAUAGUUGUAAAUACAAUAAAACAGUAAUACAAAAUUGUAUCUUAUUUGUAACUGGUCAUUUUGUUAAGCUAUUAGUCAGCAGAUCCUUUCGGAACACUAGAGAUGUGAUGAUGGUUACAUAAAUGUCCGUAAAGUACUGUAAGUACUUGAUCUAGCAAAACAAUGCCCCCCAAAAAACCUUAAGCUAUUCAUUUGAAACGUAUCAAACUAAACAAACGCAAAAGGCUUUUGCCUUUGACGUGAGAUACACACAAAGGUAAAUUCCUCUUAAAUCAUUUAUGCUCGUGGCACAUCACCUUGAAUUUUUGAAAACCACCUCAGGG